GGGUAUAGGGGGGGCGUCACUUGUCCACUAACAGGAGAUUUGUCCCCUGAUAAGCAACUUAUGGUCACUUGUCCCUUUAUCUCCGUGAGGAUAAGGCCACAUAUGGCUUCCAGGACACGCGACAGUGUGUCUUAAUAGUGAACCAAUGAGGAGCGCGAAAGCGUGAAUGCUCGUGUACCUGUGAACUAAAAGCACACCGUCGAGAGCCACAGCAUGCCUGGCAGCCUCUACAGCAGUGUGACGUUUCCAACGGGUGGACAGUGAGGCUAGUUUCGGUAUUGGCAAAAAAAUAAAUAAAUAAGCGUCGCCAUAACAGUAAUAGCCAAAAGAAGAGUCAUGAACUUUUGCAUAUGUCGCUCUGUCUUUUCAACCUACAUAGCAAUAAAGUAAAGUGUACAAUUAUAUGUAGAAAUAAAAUGUGCUUUUGGCCAUUUUCUUUUUCAGCGCCACAUAUAUUCGUUUACUCUGUUAUUAGUUGCGCCAAUGGGCGGCGCUCUCGCUGUUAUCGCUUCGGCUUCGGCUAUGGCUUCGGCUGCCAGUCUAUGCUUCUGCUCCUGCCGCUGUGUUUGCACGUGCACGUUUUUUUUUCUUUUUUUCAUGUGCUCCGCACAUAACAACUUGAUUUCUGUGCCCCUGAACGUUCCGGCAAUGUCGGAAAAACUGAGGAAUUGGCACAAAAGCGUGCUGCACCGCUGUGUGAUGCGGCGUCUCUGGGAGGAACAGCAGGCUGAAACUUUUCCGUUUUCCAGCGGACGAGAGGCGCGGUGGACGCAUUGGACGAGUCCGUCGGCCGCAUCGUCGAGGCCCUGCACAGACGUUGCAUGCUCGGCAACAGCUUCAUCGUGUUCACUAGCGACAACGGUGACAUGCCGUGGGGAACGUUCUCGAACACUGGCUCCAACUGGCCGCUGCGAGGCGUCAAGGGCACGCUGUGGGAAGGAGGAGUCCGUGUACCGGCGCUGGUGUGGAGCCCGCUGCUCGAGCCCGGUUCCCGCGUGGUUAUGUCACGACCCGUGCACUUGAUCGACUGGCUGCCCACUCUGUACUCGGCUGCCGGCGGCCGCGUCCGGGACCUAGGCACCAUCGACGGUCUCGACCUAUGGCCAGCCCUGUCCAAGGCGAAAUCCGAAAGCGCUGCAAUCUGGCCUCGCAAGGAGUUCCUCAUCAAUACUGACUCCACUGCUGGGCUGGCGGCGUACCGGGACGGUAACUACAAACUCGUCGUAAUCACAAAUCGGACGUCCCAAACGCCUAAUCCCUUUGGUGCGGACGAACUCCAGCAACACGUCCCCACACCAGGCGGCAUGCCCGGGUUUGAAAACGAGGAUGCCGCAGUGGAGCACCUGGACCGGCUGAUGAAGUCGUCGCAAGCCUGGAAGACCCUGACGAAGCUGCUGGGCCGCGGAGGUGGUUUGAAAGUGCCAUCCGACUGGCGUGAGAAGGCUACGGUGCGAUGCUCGCGGGAGGAUCCCCAUCUGCCGGGUGUCGAACUGCAUGGCGAGGGCCAAUACCUGUUCGACAUAGAGCGUGAUCCGUGUGAACUCAACAACCUGGCGUCAAGGAGACCGUUGGUUGUGGACAGGCUCUCCAGUAAACUGAAGCCGUACACGGAAGCUGCAUUGCCACCGCUGAAGAUGAAGGUCGACCCGACGGGGCUGCCCUAUGUGAACGACUGCGUCUGGGCACCGUGGAAAGACGUAGCGCAGACGGCAAAUCGUAGCUGCCCCUGCCCGUGACGUUACCGAUCCCCACAGAUUGCCGUAGUAAGUUUCUGCAAACCAAGUCUCAGGCUUACGACCACGGCAAAGGCGGUACGUGGCACAAUAAGAUGACCUCCAAUUCCUGGCGUUGAGGCACCGCAUGCCAUGCUUGCCUCCGUCUGUCUUUUUGGGGCGGUUGAGAUUAAAGCCUAAUGUCGAAGUUGGA